GUAUUCUAUUAUUGCCUUUUGGUAUUUUUUUUUUCUCUUCCCCUCGUUCUUCUACCCUCGCUAUCCUUGUUUCUUUUCCCUCUUGCAUUCUUUUGUUCGAGCUCGCUCCAAACUCUGUCCCCGUCAGUCCGCCGUCUCUCAACCAUGACUGCCAACAAUGGUCUUCCCCGCAUAACCGAUGCCACUAAAGUGUGGACCACACUUAUUACAAAUACCACAUAUCUUCCCGGUCUACUGACGCUGGAGUAUUCACUCCGUAAGGUGGGCUCCAAGUAUCCACUGGUUGUGCUCUACACAGACUCGUUCCCCGAGGAGGGUCAUGCCGCACUCGAUGCCCGCGGCAUCUUGAAGCAACAGGUUCCCUAUCUGCUGCCCUCCGUCCCCAAGGAAUAUGCCAAUGAUGUGCGCUUCUACGACUGCUGGAGCAAGCUCACCCCCUUCUCGCUUGUCGAGUAUGAGCGGGUGGUCCAACUCGACAGUGACAUGCUGGUCCGCCAGAACAUGGACGAGCUGAUGGAUCUCGAAUUGGAUCCUCCGGCUAUGGCCGGCACGGGGUCACGCGUCUUCGCUGCCAGCCACGCCUGUGUCUGCAAUCCGCUUCAGAAACCUCACUACCCGCAGGACUGGGUGCCGUCCAACUGCGCCUUCACUUCCCAACAUUCAUCCCCGGAAGCCGCCCAGACCGAAGGGGCACUACCCACGACCGGCCUGGGGAUGCCGAACGGCGGCCUACAGGUGGUCAGUCCGUCCCAGGCCAUCUAUGAUAAGAUCCUUGAGCAGUUGUCUUCCUCUGUCACCUCGAAUUACGAAUUCGCCGACCAGUCUCUCCUCUCGGACGUAUUUCAUGGUCGCUGGGUGGCGCUUCCGUAUGUGUACAAUGCGUUGAAGACGCUACGAUGGGAGGGAGUGCACGAUGCGAUCUGGCGGGAUGACCGCGUGAAGAAUGUGCAUUACAUCCUCAGUCCCAAGCCGUGGGACGAGCCCGAAGAGAUCCGGAAAAGUCUGGUGCCGCGGGCCAGCCGAGAUCUCUCGCACGCUUGGUGGUGGGAGUUGACGGAGGAACGACUGAGGGAGGAAAGAGAAAAAGGGGUCAAAGACCAAUUUUAGACGCUUUCGCAUGAAGACAUCUUGAAGGGGAGUCCAAAGCACCUGUCAUAUUGAGCGCAGCCAUGCUCUGGGGUUACCCCUUGAUGGUGGGAGGAGGCUAUACCUUGAGGCU